UGAACUAGAAAAGAAAAAAAAAGGAAAUUUUGAGGCUCUCCAUUAAAAACCUAUAAAAGAAGUUUGGUGGAAUCAUGGAAUUCUCUAACCAGUUCAAAGAAUCAUUUAGGUAUGGUGUUAUUGCUGGGUAUUGUUUCGCUGCAACUUUUGUCAUUGUUUUUUAUUUGUCCUAUUUUCUACCCAUACAACUUAUCAAGAUUUGGAAAAUUAAGAUCAUUGGACAUAAGAAAACAGUUGAGAUGAGCAAAUUGCUUAUUCAGGACUUCAGACUGGAAAAGAUAAAAGAGAAACUAAAGAAAAAUAGACAAAAAGCCAAAAUCUUGCCUAUGGAGGAGUUGCUAGAGAAAAGAAUACAGAUCAAUAAAGUUGGAAGAUUGACUUAUAGAAUGCACUUCACAAAACUCUGUCAUGCAACAGAAAACUUUAGCAUGAACAAUGUCAUUGGGUUGGGAGUAACUGGUAUAAUGUACAAGGCAACUCUUCCAAAUGGUUGUUUCUUGGCAGUUAAGAAACUACAUGAUUCUCAAUUGUCUAUCAAAACGUUUGAGUUAGAAAUAAUGAUUUUGGGACAAUACAAUCAUAGAAACAUAGUUCCUUUGAUUGGUUUUUGUAUAGAAGAAGGAAAAACAGAAAUUUUUUUGGUGUAUAAAUACAUGUCAAAUGGAAAGCUUUCUGAUAAGUUGAAUGAAACUACAAAAUUAGGAUGGCAAAUAGUUAUCAAAAUUGCACUUGGAGUUGCAAGAGGUUUAUGUUGCCUCCAUCAUAGCCUGCAUAUGGUUCAUCUCAAUAUAAAUUCUGAUUGUAUCUUGCUAGGGAAAAAUUUUGAGCCAAAAAUAUCCAAUUUUGGAGGAGCCAUGUUUAUGAAUAAUGAUUUGAACAAAAACAUAGGACUUGACAAGAAGGAUGUUUUUGACUUUGGUUGUCUGCUUUUUGAGCUGAUUAAUGGGAAGAAAUUUGGCCAAAUAUGUGAAUAUAAUCAAGUAAAAAUGUUGGAGGAUGACCCUUCUAGAUUCUGUGAUGCAGUGGAUGAAUAUAUAAACAAGAUAGAAUUUGAAGAUGAGGUAUAUACUCUUCUUAGAGUAGCACGUGAAUGUGUUCAUCCUUUAUUUGAACAAAGGCCUACUAUGUUUAAGGUGUACAACAAGAUAUGCAACAUAUGGGAGAAAGAUAAAAUUUGUGAAAAUUCUGACUUCUCAUUUAUAGAUUCUGUUACUCCUACUGUUAGCCUAAUAUCUAGCCAGCCAGAUAUCUUGCAAUCAAGGAUUAAAGGUGUAAAGUUAGACAAUCAAGGAUUGUUAUUUUAAUAAGGUUGCGAUUUGUUACCUACAAUAUGUACCUUUGAUUUGUUAACUAAGGACUAAUAUUGCUUAAUUUAAAUGAUAAAGUGAAUUGUUCAUUU